AUGGAGGCCAUCAAGAAAAAGAUGCAGAUGCUGAAGUUGGACAAGGAGAAUGCUCUGGAUCGGGCAGAGCAAGCUGAAGCCGAGCAGAAGCAGGCAGAAGAAAGAAGUAAACAGCUGGAAGAUGAGCUGGCAGCCAUGCAGAAGAAGCUGAAAGGGACAGAGGAUGAGCUGGACAAGUAUUCUGAAGCUUUGAAGGAUGCCCAGGAGAAGCUGGAGCUGGCAGAGAAGAAAGCAGCUGAUGCUGAGGCUGAGGUGGCCUCCUUGAACCGUAGGAUCCAGCUGGUUGAAGAGGAGCUGGACCGCGCUCAAGAGCGCCUGGCCACUGCCCUGCAAAAGCUGGAGGAAGCUGAGAAAGCUGCUGAUGAGAGUGAGAGAGGUAUGAAGGUUAUUGAAAACCGAGCCUUAAAAGAUGAAGAAAAAAUGGAACUCCAGGAAAUCCAACUCAAAGAAGCUAAGCACAUUGCAGAAGAGGCAGAUAGGAAGUAUGAAGAGGUGGCUCGUAAGUUGGUGAUUAUUGAGGGAGACUUGGAACGCACAGAGGAGCGAGCUGAGCUGGCAGAGUCUAAGUGUUCUGAGCUGGAGGAGGAGCUGAAGAAUGUCACCAACAACCUCAAGUCUCUUGAGGCUCAGGCGGAGAAGUACUCUCUAAAAGAAGACAAAUAUGAGGAAGAGAUAAAGAUUCUUACUGAUAAACUCAAGGAGGCAGAGACCCGUGCUGAGUUUGCUGAGAGAUCGGUAGCCAAGCUGGAAAAGACAAUUGAUGAUUUGGAAGAUGAGCUCUAUGCCCAGAAACUGAAGUACAAGGCCAUUAGCGAGGAGCUGGACCACGCCCUCAAUGACAUGACCUCUAUAGCGUCUCUACAGCCAACUUGAGCGAAACCGCCUGCUUUCUAAUGAGCUGAAGCUAACGCUGCAUGAUCUGUGUGACUGAUGGGCAGGGCUCACUGAUGCCCAUUAAACCGAGCUUACGGCUCACACCACUGACCUGGACCCCAGCAAAAAGCUGAUUGUCUUUUAAAAGUUAUUAUUUUGCCCUAAGCAAAUUUCUUUUUAGUUGGGACAGUUAGAAUAGUGUCGACUUCCUAACUGCACUGUAAAGUGGGAACAGUUAAGAUUAAUACUGCCUUUCUGUCCCUUUUCAAGAGAUUGUGGGUGAUGAAGGGAGGGACCUGAGAGAUAGUGAGAAAACCUGGGAGAGUUUUCUGUUUUCCACCUUUACUUGCUGCUUUUUCACUUGUGCACUGACUGUAGGAUAUGUUCCCUUGCAUGGAUGUUUUCUAACAAUAAAAGGACUGACUUGACAAGAUGUUGUAACUGCUUCAUCUGCAGGCCCAGGGAUGGGCCCUUCUGACCGGGUAGAAAAAAGGGAAGGGAAAGAAAGGGGUGUGGGAUAUGAAUAGGUCUGCGUUGUCAUCCCCUUCUCUGAGUUGAAGGGUAUUUUCCCCACCUCCUUAGAGCAGUGAGUGGUUUACUUGCUGGGAAGCUUUGAUUCUCCGUGAUGUUCAGCUGCCGGUUUUCUUCCUGACAUUUUUCCUCUUGCUGCUUUUUCCUGGUGUUAUGUUUAAUUGUAAGUAACUAUGUCACAGGCAGUUCUGAAGAAUAGCUCUGCAAAAAUCUGUUAAGGGUUUGCUUACAAGGAUGUUUUGUAGUAUUCUUGACUUUGUUUUCUUUCGAGAUUCUCUGACUUAGCUAUGGGGGUUCUUUUAUUUAUCCCACUAGUUAUUCCUUUCCUCUCUACUUGUUGAGGAAAGCCUGUAGUGCAUGAGGAUCCUCCUGUGCUCUUUUCAAGAUGAGGUUCUGCUGUUCUGCUGUCUACUGGUAGAAAUAUGCCCGUCCUUGUUCUCAAUGUGUCAAGCUCCAGCGAGCUAUUUCGAGUAGGUGUUGUCCUGUGGGCAGAGACUAGAAGAGUGGAUGGCUGGUGUUUAAGGCCACCUCCUUCAGUGACUGAAAGCUGAAAGCCUUGGUUGGGUGUGGGGAGGAGAGGAAAUGACUGAUAAGGUCCCCAGCUCCCUCCCCCAGAAGUACAGCAACACCUGUAACUUCAGUAGGCAAGCCUGAGGCCCUGCAAAACUGAGUGAUGCAAUAGCUCACUUCUGUGGCUGAGAAGGCAGCUGCUUUAUUAGUCUGCAGUUUCUCUGCAACAGGAGCAAUUCUCAGAGUGGGUAGACCUUGAAAUUUACUUCUAGUUUUUAUAACGUCUCUCCUUUACCC